CCAAACAAAAGUCGCCACUAAAAAAAACCGAGAGAAACGCAGAGAGCCUCCUCUUCUUCUUCCUCUCUCCGAAAGGCUCUCACACACACACACACACACACACAAUUCUCCUUUUGCCGCCAUGGUCUGAGAGAGAAGCUUGCUGUUCUCGAAGCUCCUUCGCAGGCUCUGUUUUUUUUUUUUUUUGAAUUUUACUUUCUAUUUUUCGAUUUUUGAUUAUUUAUUGUUGUUGGGUUUGUGGAGCGAUGGAUAAGGAAGGAGGAUCCAACGGCGGAUCUUCCUACUACGCCGUCCUUGGGAUUCGCAGGGACGCCUCCUUCUCUGAUAUCCGCGCCGCCUAUCGCAAGCUCGCUCUGAAAUGGCAUCCGGAUAGGGCGCGAAACCAGACGGCGGCGGGAGAAGCCAACCGGCGGUUUCAGCAAAUCCAAGAGGCCUACUCCGUUCUCUCAGAUCAGACGAAGCGAUCAAUGUACGACGCCGGGUUCUACGACCCCCUUGAAGAGGAAGACCAGGAAUUUUGCGAUUUCAUGGACGAAAUGCUGUCCAUGAUGAACAAUGUGAAAGACGAGGGGGACAUUUUCGAAGAUCUCCAGGGGAUGUUCAACGAUAUGGUCGGUGGAUAUGGGAUGAUGGGAUUCGACUUCAGCAACAUGAAUCCAACGGCGAACAAGAAGCAACGUGUCGGCUCUUCGAGAGGUAACGCUAGCACAGCCAAGCGCAGCACGUCUCGCUGCUAGCGCGAUGUACCCGAUCAUGUGAAGUAACGUGUUGUUUAAAAUAUCUCACCCAAUUGUAUUUUAUUUUAAUUUUCGUUUUCAAUCUGGACUUGAAUUUGAACAUUUUUUAUUCCUUAAUUUCCCAGAUUAAGAUGUGAUUGGGGGUGAUUUGAUUAGGCUGGUGUAGGUUAAAUCCAGUUUGUUGGUGGUGACGUGUUUGUUUGUUGGUGCUCUUAGUAAUAAUUUUUAUUUGCUUUUGUUUC